AUGCCGACUGGUCCGAAUCAUCCUCCCUAUCUGCCUAGAGUCGACCGUAUGGUGAAGCGAACCACUUUAGUCGUGUUAAUCACACUCAUUGCAGUCACGUUCUUUACCGGGAGACAUUACUUGGUCAUCAACAGGACAUUUAAGAACAGUUUAUUUUACUUUGAUAAAUCAGCCCCUAUUGACGAUCCUGCUGUACACAGCACUCUAAGUAUCAACGAUGGUAUAAAACGUGGUCAGUGGGUGUCCAACAGACCAGGGAAUUUCCUGAACCGUGUCCGUGAAGAGGGACGAUCGAAAGGAACCGGAAAAAAUCAAUAUUAUACAGUAAAGGAGACCAUAAACAAUGGACAUGAUACUAUUGAAAACAUAUCAGUAACUCUAAAAAGGAAACCUGGCGAUAUACCCAUAGAAAACAGGAAAGCCAUUGAAGGUGUGGCUAAAGUAGUUCACACUAAUGUUGAAACAAACUACACGGCAGGUCAAAUGCGCUCAUUUAUAGGAAAAACAAAACUAACAGUGAAGAAUGACGUGAAUCUAAAAAAUAUAUCUAGAAUCCAGCCUAUUGAAGAAUCCCUUGAUAAGCAGAGAGAGGUUUCAAAGGACAGGGCCGCUUAUGUAACAAACAAAACUGACGUUGUAAGUGGGAAGAAGACUGAACUCAAAGGUAACACAUCGAUACUACUUCUGACGUACCUCCGCAGUGGUUCUUCUCUAACAGCCGACAUCGUACAACAGGUUCCUGCAGUGUUCUAUGCCUAUGAACCACUCAAACCUUACUUACGUUUAGCCGGUCGCAAAGAAGACUUUGGCUACUAUUCUAUGAACGGCAUUUGUUCGAUUUUCAACAUAAGCUGCAGGCCACCCAGUCAGAAAUCAGAAGAAGCACAGGUUGUCAUUGACGACAUCGUCCGUUACUACCAGUGUGACCUAGAUUCUUUUAUCCGACCAUUCCUGUGGAGCUCUUCCGGAAAAUCGGUUGUGAGUUACAAAAGUUGUAUAAAAACAUCCGCCAAAUUCAAAACAUUCGAAAGAAUUUGUCAAGCAAAGUGUACUAAUUCGGCGAAAUCUCUUAAAACUAUCCGAUUGUCAAUGGAUAUUGUGGAGAAAUUAAUGGAGAGACUUACAAAUUUAAAGGUUAUUCAUCUUCUUCGAGAUCCUCGCGGAAUGAUACGAUCCCGUCAAAAGGGAGGAUUUGUGAACAAGUCAAUGAAUUUAACAACAGUUGCAGGGUCUGUGUGUCAUAGGUUCGAACAGGAUAUAGAAAUAGCCACGGAACUUAGACGGAAAUAUCCCGGACGGCUGAAGACUUAUCUGUAUGAACAGAUCGCCGAACAUCCUAAACUUGCAUCGGAAAGUUUAUUUAAAUUUCUUGGACUGACAGCCCCUUCUAAUUUUUAUGAAUGGCUGCACAAUCAUACUGCUGCUGGCAACACCAGUUCAUUUUACGGUACCAGCCGACCUAAUUCGACAGUUACAGCAAACGCAUGGAGACGAACAUUGCCAUAUAGUGAUGUUAUAAAAAUUGAUAAAGAAUGUUUAAACUAUUACAAAUACACUGGAAUUCUAUCGGCUGAGUCUGAAAAAAUGUUAAAAGAUUUAAACUUUCCGCUACGAUCUUUGAGUCCACUCUUUGGAGAUUUUUUAUAA